AUGGUUGAUGAACAGCAGAGAGUUCAGAUUCCUCGAGUGAAACUUGGAACUCAAGGACUUGAGGGUUUGGGUGUAUGGGUCUUUCUGGAUCUUUAUGAUCCGGUCUCAGAUGAUGUUGGCAUAAUGAUCAUUAAGCACGCAUUUGAAGAAGGAAUCACUUUCUUCGAUACAACUGACUUGUAUGGACACAAAACUAAUGAAAUUCUGGUCGAAAAGACAUUGAAGCAGUUACCGCAAGAGAAGGUACAGUUGGCUACAAAAUUCGGCGUUGAAAGCAUUGGUCCAGGUGGUCUUGUUGUCAGUGGCACUCCUGAAUACGUUUGUGCUUCUCUUGAGAGUAGCCUUAAACGCCUUGAUGUGGAUUACAUUGAUCUUUACUAUAUAAUCAGAGUUGACACCAAGACUCCUAUAGAGGAGACUGUUAAUCAUCCAAACAUUUCCUUAUCGGCUGUGUUUUCAGAACCUGACCAGACCGGCUGGUUGGACUGGGAACCAGCUGAUACACUGGUCUGCAACAAGGCAAAAAACUGGUUGAUCCGCAAACUAGUACAGACUGAUGGACCGGGAACCGGCGGUCUGACCGGUUCUACCACCGGUCCAGUUCUGAAAACAUUGCUUGUUGGAUACAUACUAUCCAUCUUUGAAUGGAAGAACUGUAAGAAGUUGGUGGAAGAAGGAAAAAUAAAGUAUAUUGGUAUAUCUGAAGCUAGCCCUGAAACUAUAAGGAGGGCACACGCCGUUCAUCCCAUUACUGCUGUACAAAUGGAGUGGGCCCUCUGGACUCAUGAUAUUGAGGAAGAAGUAGUUCCCCUUUGCAGGGGACUUGGAAUUGGGAUUGUUCCAUACAGUCCCCUUGGUCAAGGUUUCUCUGAAAAUAGUUAUCUGAUAGAUUCAUUGACUGAUUACAAGGUUUCAAGGAGAAAACUUGGACAAAAACAGGAUCUUAUAUUUGAAAGUAGAGAAGUUGGCUGA